GUAUGUUAGAUCUCUCGUUGGCAUGUGCACACAUUUCGGUGCUACAAAUUGAACAAAAUUCCCACAUAAAUCCUUAGUUUUUAACCUUCGCUGCGAACAAGACGAGAAUGUGCUCGAGGACGCGUUGGGGACGGAUCGAUCCCAGUGUACAGGUCAACGUGGCGUAUGGACCGUCGAGCAGGGUGAUCAAGCUCAAUAACCAAACGCUACCGCGGCGUGUUGAGCAGCAGCUCCUUCUAAUGGCUUCGCCCUCGCCGUUUCUCAACUUCAUGAACAAGUUCCGCUUGGACGAGAUCCUGAUCAACCAUCAGUACAAGGGCGUCUACAGCAUGCGCACCGCGGCGACCAUCACCGAGUUGGCCACCUACACGUGGAAUGUGAUGUCCGUUUCCGAUCGCCAGCCGUAUAUCCGACUGGCCCGGAAGGCGCAGCAGGUUCAGCAAGCGCGAAAGCUGCACUUUCUAGGCACCAGCAAUCGGCCGGUGAUUAAGAGGGGUUCCCAAUGUCCCAUUGUUGUUUGAUGCUGUCUUGGCCCUUGUUUAGUAGCAUAUGAAAAAAACCUUUUAAAUAAAUAGUUAUUCUCUUA